GCGCGCUGUCCGAGGGCGGCCUGCGCGCGCCCGCGAGGCAGACGCAGGCCGUGUGGAGCGGGCGGUGCGCGUUCGCGUGGCAGCUGUGCCUCGCGGAGGCCUCCGAGCGCGGCCUCGGGCAGAGCCCGUGGCUCUUCCGGCUGUGCGUGUGCGACCUGGUCGGCACGCAGGAGACAGCGCCGGCGCCCUGUCGAGCCUGCUGGGCGAGGAGGACCUGCUGGCCUCCGUCCGGGGCAUCACGCAGCCCGCGCUGCAGGCCUACCGGCGCGCCCGCCCGGAGGAGAUGCCGCCCGCCGCGGCCCGCGGGGCGCUGCCGGCGCUGCCCGCCGAGGUUCGCGCCGUGCUGCUCGUCGAGAUCACCUACCGCAUGUGCUGGUACGGGCGCUGGAAGUUCUUCGACUCCAUGCUCGGUGAAGCCUGCAGAGCGCUCGGGUUCUCGUUCGAGGUCACUGGGAUGUUCGGCAUAAAGCGCGUGCACCAGCACGAGGAGUUCGCGCAGCUCGUGGUGAAGGCCACGGUGGAGGACGACGCCGCGGCGUGCCCAGCGGGCGGCGGCGACGCAGCGGCCGCGGGCCGCGCGGCGGAGGCGCCAGCAAGCCUCACGCUGGACAGCGUCGACGACCUCACCGACGUCCUGGAGAGACCUAAGCUGUCGAGCAGCCUGACCGACGCGGACCGAGCGGGGCAGCGUGGAGCGCCCGCUCUCCGCCGUGGAGCAGCUGCUGGUGCUGUCCAGGUGCCACUACCUCUGGGCCACCUCCAACCCGAACGACGAGAUGCUCCUCCAGGAG